GCCGCUGUCUGCGCAGCACUGCCGCGCGACAGAGGGGGCUCUCCGCCGGGCACAGAAUAUCAGCUACCGCAAACGGCCAGCAACUCCCAUUCUUUACCAAUAAACAUGACAGCGAUUGUCAUUUCUCCUUUCCUAAAAUACGAAGAAGUCUCCAACAAGAACAGUAACAUGUUGAACUACAACAACCACAGUCUUGGUGGACCUCAGCUGACAUCUGCCCCAUGCUUCAGUGCCAAGCCGUCCUGCACCCCAACUGAAUCUCUGCUAGACAGGAAGGUAGUGGGGGCCCCCUCUGCAGGAGGCCUGUUCCAACGGCGUCACUCAGCCAGCCUCCCCAGUGCAAAGUUCAGCCUGAAUCAUCUUGUCAACGGCUUCAAAACGGAUCCCUCAGUGAAUCUGGGUUGCAGCUGCAGCAGCAACAACAAGGAGAACCGCUUCCAUGAGCGCUCUUACUCCGAGCUGGGAGACAGGCUGUCCCCUGGUAGUCAGGCAUCUGUGGGUGCAAGCAGCCAAGUCAACUUGAGCCGCUAUAAAACGGAGUUGUGCCGGCCCUUUGAGGAGUACGGUACCUGCAAAUACAGCGAUAAGUGCCAGUUUGCCCACGGCAUGCACGAGCUGCGCAGCCUGAGCCGUCACCCAAAGUACAAGACUGAACUGUGCCGCACAUUCCACACCAUUGGGUUCUGCCCAUACGGCCCCCGCUGCCACUUCAUCCAUAACGCAGAGGAGCGCUGCGGGCCCCCUCCCAUCUCUGGCUUCAACAAGAUGGAUCGCCCUCGGCUGCAGCAUAGCUUCAGCUUCGCUGGCUUCCCCACCUGUGGCGGCCCAAGGGACAGCCCCACCUCGGUCACACCUCCACCUGUGUUCUCCAACGAGGAUCUGAUGGAGUGGCAGAACAACCUCUUCAUCUACUCCAGCCAGGAGCACGCCAGCCUGUUCGGCCCGAGCUUGGGGCCCCCGCCUGUGUCUGAGCCUCAAGAUCUGGCCCUGCCUUCCACAGCCACCCCCUGCUUUUUUCAGCCUGCAUCAGAGAGCCCCCCCAGCCCCCCAGAUUCUCUUUCUGACCAGGAGGGAUACCAGAGCAGCAUGGGCAGUCAGAGCGGCUCUGAGUCCCCCCUCCUGGAUGCCUCUCGCCGCCUCCCCAUCUUCAGCAGGCUCUCUAUCUCUGAUGAUUAAGGUGUCUCCAUCCCUUGGUCUGAGAUAGGAGUGGAAGGGAGGGAGAGUGGAGGAUGGGGACCUCCUUCUUUCAGUCCUGUUUACAGGAGGAGCCGACUAAUCUGUGUGUUGCCAGUGAGUCACAUCAGAACAGAGUGUGCCUUCUCUUAUUUCAGGAUUUGUUUUACCUUUAAGGACCCGCCCCCUUAAAAAAAGUCAGAUCAAGUCUCUGCACUGAUGCCAUCAUUGGAUGAAUGUGGAUGGUUUUGAGAUCACAUUAUGAAGUGAAUCAGUGUGACUUAUGUGCAGUAGAGUGUCAGUGGGCUCAGUGUGUGUGUUUGUGCUUCAGCAGCUACACCUCGACUGUUUAAGGACCAUCACAAUAGGAAGCCAAGACACAGUGUCUCUUUAAAAGUGCCUUCAUGACCAACAGUAAGCCUCUUCUGAUCGAGCUCAGUUCCCUGUUUUUCUGGCCUCUGUCAUGUGAUGGGCCUGGUGCUGGUGCUGGAGCUACGUGCCUUGUUUCACUGUUGCGGUGGUCUGUUAUCAUUCCCUUGGGUUUUCUUUGAAUAGGAUUCGAAUAAACUUGUGAGGUUAAGGCUAAUUUUUUCCCAGAUUAUGUUCUUUCACUUACCUCCAGCCAAAUGUGUACAGUUUGGCUUUUCUCUGUGUCUGAGGUUUCUGCCUCUGUCCCAAAAUACCAGAGGAGGGUGAAUCUGAUUUUUAUUCACAGCAUUAAAAAAUAAAUUUGCAAUAAAUUCAACUGCAGCAGCAGUGGAUUAUCCAUAGCUUCUUAUGGACUGUCUCUGUUUCAGACACAGCUGUUCUCACUGAAGGCUGUGGAGUCAGAGGCAAAAGGGAAAGCCUGGUUUCUCAAGUGCCAAACAGUUUGGCGAGGAAGGAGAGAAAUGUUUAUUUUCUUUGUUUGUUUUUAUUGAUAAUUUUGGUGAACUGACUCGUUAACAAACUGCCAGCAGACAAAGUUUGGCAGGUUCCUGCUGUUGAUUUUCCUCCUCAGCCUUUAGAGUAUUAAAAUCAAUAACUGAACUAUUUCAGUCUUCUCACAUGUUCCCUCCCCACAGCUCACCUCUGUGUCUGAGGUGAGGGGUCAGUAUGCUGUCUGAAAUCAGAUGAGUGUAAACGCUCUUAUAGAUUCCACCAUAUUUAAUAUUAUAAUGAUGAUGAUAUUAUUGUCUAGAUAAUUUCCCAAAGCUCUCAGAGUUGGGGCUUUGGCUGUCACUGCUUAUUUAUCAAAAUGUAUUUAUUGCUGAUCUUAAGCAUUUUUAUUUUGUAUUUAUCUGUUAAAUGAAACAAUAGACUAUAUAUUUUAUUUUAUGUUAAAUUAUGAUCUGUACUAAUCGCGAGAUUGUGAAGACCUUUUUUUGUUAUUUUUAUUCAGUUAAUAUACUGCAAUGACAUUUAUUUGUAACACUUGAUUUAUAUUGAAACUGAAUCUUAAUUUAAAAUACAAAGGUUUAGCAUUAGUAUUUAUUGUUUGUUCCUCCCACAUAUUGGACUGUUGAUGUCUGAAGGCUCCGACACAGAAAGUGACUGCACCAGCACAUGCCAGAGGCAGAGCUACAAACUCUGCAGCUGCCAUAAUCAAGUUCAGAUGACGAACACAGCUCGUGCACUAAUUGGAAACUAAUCAGAUAACAAAGCUGGUGGCAUGUAGUUGUUGGAAGGCGUGGGCGCAGCGCAGUAUGACUGCACUCAGGGUGCAGGUGGUGCUAGUUUCACAGGGUUCAGUUAACAUACACAACAUCUGUCACAGCUGCUGCCUUUCUAAUAUGUGGCUGUUUGUCUGUUUGUUUAGCAGCUCUGUUCCCUACUGCACUAUCUUUACACACAGGGUUUAUUCUUGCAGCUCAUGUCUCUAAAGUGUGAAAUUCACAGUGAAUGUAUAUAAAUACCUAUAUUUAUUAAAGUUAAUUUUAAGGCCUUUCAGCCAUGUUUGAUUUCAUCAAGAGGUUUGGGGGAAAUAAAUUUGUGUUCUUCAGACACGUAGAACAAUGUUCAAGUAUACCAAUGUCUAUGGAAACAGUUUUCUACAGAGCAUCUGCACAAGUAACGUUGAACAAAAGUUGUUCAGAAGUGACAAUAUUAAUAUUGAUCUGCAGAAUUAAAUUGAGAGUGUGUUGAAACAGCUUGUGUAGGAACCCUGUAAACCUCUCCCACCUGCACUUUACUUUAUGCACCACUUCAGAUCAAAAUGCUUCACAGCUUCACAGCUGUGGGUCCAGGCCUCUCUUCUCUUUCCUGCUGCAGGUCUGGGCAGCAUCUUCUUUUACCCUGAAUGUAGUCCUGUCCUCAUCAGUGUCUCUUACUCAGAUUAAUUCCCAUUUGAUUAUCAGCCACACUUGCUCUUAUUUUGAAAGGACAAUGGAAGCGUGUCUGUUCCACAGUAUCACAUGCACACUUGGUAGCACUUUGAGUCAUGAUGAUCAUGAUUAUGUAAAGGUUAUGUUUUUUGUUCCAAGAAGUGCCUCUAAAACAUUCCAGGUGUCCAGAUGUUGCCUUGACAUGUUUCUGUAGCAGCAGAUGUCACUACAUGGAUUCAUUCAUGGUUUGUUUUCUAAUGAAAGAUUUCAAGUUAAAACAAAUAAAACGCAUAUUUAUACUGAA